UCAGCAAAGGCAUCGUAUUAACUUGUAACAGCAGGUCAUACGCUCUUUGCGUACGUAGCGACGCACACUCAAAAUCCUGCUUCUCCACGAGUCACGCUCACCGGUGCUCAGCGGCUCUCACUGCCCUUCCUGCAGCUAAGGAUACUUUUUUAACAUUCCUGCAACAAAUCGGGAUCAUGGCCUCAGUAAUGCAGAAGCUGAUCACCCCUUUGGCCAGCGGCCCCGCUGAGCCCCCCAGGAACAAAGUCACAAUUGUUGGCGUGGGGCAGGUGGGCAUGGCAUGUGCCGUCAGCAUCCUGCUCAGGGAGCUUACAGAUGAACUGGCUUUGGUGGAUGUUGUGGAGGAUAGACUGAAGGGGGAGAUGUUGGAUCUGCAACAUGGCAGCCUGUUCCUCAAGACCCCUAAAAUUGUGGCUGAUAAGGACUACUCUGUGACUGCUAACUCCCGUAUUGUGGUGGUGACGGCUGGAGUGCGUCAGCAGGAGGGUGAGAGCAGACUGAACCUGGUGCAGAGAAACGUCAACAUUUUCAAGCACAUCAUCCCUCAGAUUGUCAAAUACAGUCCUGACUGCAUCCUCGUUGUGGUGUCCAAUCCAGUGGAUGUUUUGACCUACGUGACCUGGAAGCUGAGUGGCCUGCCAAAGCACCGUGUCAUUGGGAGCGGGACCAACCUGGACUCCGCUCGCUUCCGCUACAUCAUGGCAGAGAAGCUGGGCAUCCACUCCAGCAGCUUUAACGGUUACAUCCUGGGAGAGCACGGAGACUCCAGCGUGCCUGUAUGGAGUGGCGCAAAUGUGGCUGGAGUCAGCCUGCAGAAACUCAACCCUGACAUCGGCACAGAUAAAGACAGCGAGAACUGGAAGGAUGCUCACAAGAUGGUUGUGGACAGUGCCUAUGAAGUGAUCAAGCUGAAGGGAUACACCAACUGGGCCAUCGGCCUCAGUGUGGCCGACCUGACCGAGACCCUGGUGAAGAACCUGAACAGGGUUCACCCUGUCUCCACCAUGGUGAAGGGCAUGUAUGGUAUCGGCGAGGAGGUCUACCUGAGCUUGCCCUGCGUGCUCAACAGCAGCGGAGUGGGCAGCGUCGUCAACAUGACCCUGACUGACGACGAAAUCGGUCAGCUGAAGAAGAGCGCCGACACUCUGUGGGGCAUCCAGAAAGACCUGAAGGAUCUGUAGAUCAGACGCUUUUCCACAAUUUUGUUCACACUCCUUUAUCUAUACACACUCUCUAACUCUGUGUCGGUUCUUUCUUCUCACUUGCUUUUGGACACAGUUGCUUUGAAGUAUUUUUUUUCCCACUGUGGUUAAUAUACGCAUAAUCCAAAAUGUUGAAUUUUCUUCUAAAGAGAGUGAUCAAAGGGCAACAUCUUUGGUUCUUCACAUUUGCACUUGUUAACGAAGUCACUGUGUGGGCAAUAAAGAAAGAACCAACACCUCUCUUGUCUGAACAUAAUUUAGUGAGAUCAUUAGGGAACAUUCUUGGGUCUUUCUGUUUAAGUCGAGGAGAAGAGACUGAAGUGAGAGAUACAAAUGUAUUCAUUCUUCUGAAUCAUGUUGUAAAUGUUAGCAAUAUGAGUGUGUGUAAGAAGAAAUUAAUAAAAUAACCUGUUCAGA